AUGCCCGCCUGCGACCAGGGUCUCCUCUUAGUGGGGCUGUCCGCCCUUGUGGGCCGCCGUGUGGCGGCCAGCAACGACGGCGACGGUGCCCAUUCGAUCCUGCAGGUGCACGGCUGGACGACGCCGGCUGGCCCCGUGGCAGUGGCGGGCAAGGCACUCGCGAGGCCGUCAAGGCCCACCCCGGGAGAGGGGGACGGUCAGACGGUGAAACAUUUCGCGGAAGGAAGCAAUACGCUCGUCUUUGUGGAAAUUCGCCAUGAGGGAAAGAUUGCUCUGAGCGAAGCCUUGUCCGCGACUUGCACGGUGGCAGAGGUGAAGGCGAUGAUCCGCGACAGGGAGGGCAUCCCCGUCGACAAGCAGCGGCUGAUUUUAGCUGGAAAGGAUCUGGAAGACGGUUGUAUGUUAGCGGACUACCACUUGCACGAUGAGUGGUGCGUCCUGCGCGUGGUGCCGAGAUUGAGAGGCGGCGGCUCGCUCCGCCUCGGCGAGGAGGAUAUCGUGAAAGUGUCGCCGGACAGCCUGGCGCCGGAGCUCAACUUCGACUUCACGCGCGUGCGCGACAACGGCAGGACCUUCCAGCGCGGCGGGGAGGCCUACCGCAGGCCUUGCGGCUGGCAGCGAUACGCCAUCAGGGUGCUGGGCAAGUACGGAGACGAUGUCUGGCUGGGCCCGAUGGGGCCAAGGGCGUGGUCCGCCGAUGGGGAGUGGCCAGUCUCUUACCACGGCACCGAGAGAACCGCCGCCGGGUCGAUCGUUCAUGUGGGGUACGCGCUGUCGAAGGGAAAGCGGUGCGCCUUCGGGCGCGGGGUUUACAGCACCCCCGAUGUGGAAGUUGCGGCGAGGUACGCGAAGAAAUUCAGGUGUGGCGGGCGUUGCUUCGAGCUGGUGAUGCAGAAUCGCGUGAACCCUACAAGUCUUGUGAAGAUCGACGCAAGUAGGACGGGCGUGGGGGAGUUUUGGUUGAACCCUGCGGAAACAGACGUGCGGCCGUACGGCAUCCUGAUCAGGGAGGUCAAGUAG